AUGGCAGCUGCCUCGGAGGAACAACCCGUCGUCAACAAAAACAAAAGGCAUCGCAAAGAAAAACCUUGGGAUACCGAUGACAUCGACCAUUGGAAAAUAGAUUCAUUUCAACCAGAUGACAACAAAGGCGGCGUAUUUACCGAGGAAUCUUCUUUCGCAACACUUUUCCCAAAGUAUAGGGAAAGGUACCUGAGAGAGGUCUGGAGUGCAGUGACCAAAAUUCUGGACCCACAUGGUAUUGCGUGCACGUUGGACUUGGUUCACGGUUCUAUGUCCGUCCGGACGACACGUAAAACUUUCGAUCCAUACAUCAUACUGAAAGCAAGGGACAUAAUUAAACUGCUUGCAAGAGGGGUUGCGAUCACUCAGGCUCAGAAGGUAUUACAGGACGAUGUCGCAUGCGAUAUCAUCAAAAUUGGCAAUCUGGUUCGUAAUAAGGACCGGUUCGUGAAACGGAGACAACGAAUCAUUGGACCGGAUGGGAGUACACUGAAGGCCAUCGAGUUAUUGACCCAGUGCUACGUUCUUGUACAAGGAAAUACCGUCAGUGUCAUGGGUCCGUACAAGUCGCUAAAAGAAGUGCGACGAAUAAUUCUCGAUUGCAUGAAAAAUAUCCACCCCAUUUACCGCAUCAAGGAGCUCAUGAUAAGAAGGGAACUUGCAAAGGACCCCAAGUUGGCAACAGAGUCCUGGGACCGGUUCCUGCCCAAAUUCAGGAAACAACAUCUGAAAACCUCUGAGAAAACGAGCAAGAAGAAUGAGAAACUCGCUGCUAAGGAUGAAGCACGUAAGGCUGCAGGUCUCGAUGCAUCGAGUUCCACCAAGAAGGAGAAACCGGCAAAGAAAGUGUACACGCCCUUCCCCCCGCCGCAGCAGCCUCGGAAGGUUGACCUUCAACUUGAGUCCGGAGAGUACUUCCUCAAGCCCCACGAGCGGGAGGCCCGGGAAGUCCAACAAAGAAAACAAAAACAAGCUGAGGCAACACUCAAACGACGAGCAGAAAGGGCAGAGGUAUACGUCGCUCCCAAAGAAGAGGCGGCCCCCACGGUUGAAGAGAAGCGAAAGCGACGGCAUGCAGAAGUGGAUGGUGAGGAUGGGACGAAGUCGAAAAAGAAGAAAAAGAAGGACGCUGCUGCAGAAGAUACAUAG